CUCUGGAUCCUGUUUUUGGGCUCCACAGUGGAUCAGAGAACCGUGGGAAUUUUCUCAAACUUGACGGGGGGAAAAAAAACUUGUUUGCAGCUGUUGGAGCUCAUCAGGCUUGAAGGAGCAGCAAACCCGUUUUAUUCAGAACAUGACCAGUUCAUUAGAGAGGGUUGUGGCCCAGAAGAAGGAGGCCAUCGAGGCAGUGAUGGAUAUGUUUGCGCGGGGGGCUGAGGUGUUGGCCAGCGCUGUGGGCGAGCUCUUCCCCCUCUGUGAGGCUGCUGCUCCGGUUCUCCGCCUGGCCUUAGACAAUGUCCAGAGCAAAGAGGUCUUCUAUGUCAAAGAGCAAUUUCUGACGGUGAGGAACAAGCUUGACGUGCUCUCCAGCCAACUGGAAGAUAUUGACUGCGAGAUCAAGAAGGGAAGACUGGAUUCCCAGUACUUCUCAGUGGAGGAAAACAUUAGGAACCAGUUUCGGAAAUAUAUGGACAUCUUGGAGGCAAAACAGCAGUUCAGGGAUGUGAAGACCAGACUAUUUCUGGAGCACUUUGCCAAAACUGGAGGAGAGAAGAACCUGUUUGUGCUGUAUGAUGCUCUGAUGGGGACAAACACCUUUGGAGAGUCGGUUUUAGAGUUGGUCGAAAGGUAUGUAGCAAGGAACCGCCGUCUCCUGGAAGAUUUCUGUGUCCGGAUGAAGGAGCUCUUCUGUUUGGGCCUGAUUGCUCUGCUGGGCCACUGUGCCUUAACCCAGGACCAAGAGGAAGAAGACGACAAAAUCAAAGAGUGGAGCAGCAAAAUUGAAGAAGUAGAGUCCAGGAUGAAGACAACCAUUGAGUCCUGUAUCUCUGCCUUCCCAGAGCAAGCAAAAUUAGAUGCCCAGCGCCUCUUGCAAGAAAAGGAAGAGAACCUGCAAGAUAUGACUCAGCAGCUUCUUGAGUUCUUGGUGAAAAAGUACGACUGGGUCAGCUGGUCAGUGCGGCUAAUCAACCAUUCAGGGAGCACCUACCGGAACUGGAGAGCAGGGGAGCACUUUCAUCACGUGGCGGGACAGAACUGGUUCGAGGUGCUUCAGGUGAACAACAUCAACCUGGUGGUGUCGUACAGCACCAAACCCCUGCUGGUGCCUCGUGACUGCAUCCAGCAGGUGAUGGAGGGCCAGGGGAAGAAGGGAAACGCCCCAGCAGUGGUGGAGGUGUUGAAGAAGCAGCUGUGCGGGUUUGUUGUUCACGCCGUCAGUCGCCACAAGGAGUCUGCAGCUGCGUGGAGCUUUCCGGAUGAGUGUCACUACUGGGACAGACACAAGAAUGUAGCAGUGUGUGUGCACUCGGAGUAAAGCUGACACAUGUUUAAGAUUUUAAGGAUUUUACAGCAGAGAUGUGUAUUUAAAUUGAGAUACUGCACAUUUAUGUCGCUUGUCCAUCUGCAAGACUGAGCUGAAAAUAGCAGUGUGUAAGUUUAUAAUAGAAAAAUGAAAAUGAUGAAUCUCAAAAACUGGGGAUGCACCGAUCCAGUCCGCUUGAUGGUUGUCGAUACUGACCUGAAUAAGCAAAUUGGGUAUCGGCCAGUAAUCAGUCUAUAUUAAAACCUGUCUGUUAGUCACUGCUGUUAUAAAAUUCUGAUAUCCCUACUCUACUAUUCCAUCACAUCGGACUACCGAGCACCACAGCAAUUCCUUGUGCACCAUAUUGUCUUAUUUAUCAGUAGUAGUGUUAUUAUUUGUCAGUAGUUAUUAUUCACUCUAGUCACGCAAAUGGCAUUCUUACAGCAGGGAGCAUUGUUGUUUUCUAUUCUGAUCCUUCAUUUUUUUGCGAUGAGCUUAUUUAACUAAAUAAAUACUAACUCACAGCAAGUGCAUAUUAAAAGUAUUAAAAAUAAAAGUACUCAUUCUGCAGAAAAAUGGAUGCUGUGACUGCAUAUAUUAGCCUAUUAUAUGUGAUGUUAUUAGAUUGUUACUACUACUACUACUGAUGCAUCAAUACAUAGGCAGCAUUUUAUUGUUGUAGCUGUUUGACGUUUUAACAACUUUAUAUAUAGUUAGGUAGUUUAGUCCAGUGGUUCCCAAUCUAGGGGGCGGGCUCCUUCUAAAUGGUCACAAGAUAAAUCUGAGGGGUCGUGAGAUGGUUAAUGGGGUAGGAACGAAGAAAAUAAGUUUUGCUACGCAAAUUUGUAAUGAUUUUUCUGACUUUCUUCCAAACCUUGCUUUUUUUAAUGAAACAUUUGAUAAUUUUCCCUCUUUGGGCUACGAAUAGUUAUUUAAAUGAAACCAUCUGAGUCUCUUUGGUAGAACUGCUAACAAAUCAGACAUCUAAAACGUGACACGGGGCCCCAACCACACAUUGAUUUUCUAUAAUGGGUCACACACCGAAAAGAUUGGGAACCACUGGCUUAAUCUUGAACAAUACAUUGUAUUUUAUAAGCUCAUCAUUUUUUUUUUAUUUAAAAAUUUAAUCCCAAGAGUAACUAGUAACUAUAGCUGUCAGAUUGAUGUAGUGGAAUAAAAAGUACAAUAUUUUCCUCUGAAUUAUAGUGGAGAACGAGUAUAAAGUAGCAUAAAAUGGAAAUACUCAAGUAGAGCUCAAAAUUGCACUUAAGUACAUUACAGUCUUGAGUAAAUUAUAUCCCAAUGUUACUUUAAACAUAUAAGAAUGACUCCCAUCAGAUCCAUGCAGUGUGGUAUAAAGAUUUUAAAUUGGGGGGAAAGCAGCACUGGUACUGGAUCGGUACUCGGUCGAGUUUACAUAUCGGAAUCGGGAGAGAAAAAGUCAGAUCGGUGCAUCCCUUUAAGAAACAUUGUAUUUCAGUUUGUUAAAAGAAUUUAAUCACAAAUGCACUUUUAUUAGCUUUCUGGUUUGUGUCACUUCUUUAUACAGUAGAUAUUUGAAUUAUAGACAUUUGAUGUUUUGAUUUGAUUUAUUUUAUGUUGCAGCUGUUUAAAUAUUAACUGCUUGAAUAUUAUGAAGUGUAUUUGUAAUUUAUGAGUUACUAACCAGUUUGUUUAUAUAAGAAGUUUUACACUAACACUGUACUCUCUCUCUCUAGAUAGAUAGAUAGAUAGAUAGAUAGAUAGAUAGAUAGAUAGAUAGAUAGAUAGAUAGAUAUACAGUAUAUAGAAAUUGGAAGUGUCUAUCCUUUUACCUCAGCUGCAUACAGUAAUAAUACAGUCUCCCAUGAGAAAUGGCUUCUGCACCUACAGCUCUAAAGAGAUGGUUUGCUGAGGUGGCAUCUACUGAGCUGUGCUCCCAUUUUGUCUCUGCUCAGCAGGCUGGCCUACAUAACUCUGACAGGGGGGGACAGAGGUUACUUUUUCAGGCAUGAAAAACAAGAGGCUGGGAGUUUGGCACUGGAGAUGCGACAAUGUGCCUUGUGUUCUAAACACAUUCAAACCCCUCGAACCAAAACAACCGAACCCCACUGCUUACCAGUGCUGUGCCUACAAUUAUGUAAUGGUUCAUGUCAUGUGCUUCAGCCUGAAUGAGAAGUGAUUUUGUCUGCAAGAUUCUUCAUUUCUGCAUUUUAUUUUUGUAACAUUUGUUCAUACACAAUAAUUGGCAUGUUGUUUUGCACUUCCCAGCCAAAUGUGAUAUAUUGUUUUAUGAUUUAUGUAUGUAUUUUCUGUCUGUUACGUGGGUGGCAUUUUUCUUUAUCGUUGUAAUAUCCCAGCUCAUUCUAAACAUUAACACUUAUUUUGUGCUUAUUUCAAACAUCACACUGUGAUUUUGACAAAUUUAAAAUCAUUUCACUCCCUGGGCAUCAAAAGAUGUUCUGCAGGAAAGAGCUAUUUAUCACAACAAAUGUAACACUUUUAAUGUGUUAUACCAAUCAAUGAUAUAAAUGACCAUUUAUUGAUAUCAAAAUGUCAUGUAUUAUAACUUAAACCACAGCUGCUUCUAUAUUCAAACCAAAUAAUCUCAAUAAAAUCAGUGCAUGACCAAUGUCCAGCAUAAUCUUUAUGCUUUAUGACAAUAAAUGACUGAAUACAAAUAGUUGAUGGAUGUGUUAACAAGUAUAAUC